UAUUUUGGAAUAGCCUGGCACUGUUUCGAUCGUUCCGUUUAGUGAAUUGUUCUUUGGAACUAUUUCGGAACGAUUCAACACAGUUUCAAUGCAGAAAAGAAAAAACAAUAGAAACAAGAGCGCGUGUUGAACCGUUUUAAUUAUUUAAUUUCUUUUUAUUUAGUUAUUCAUACAAAAUUUCGCCUAUUUUUGAUGGCUUUUCCCACAUCAAGUGCACAGCAAGCAGAAACGAACCGUAAAAUACUUGAAGAAAUACAAACCAAGAAACAGUUGCUCAUCGGACUGGGUAGCACAGCGAAUCAGAUGCCCGCACCACAGCUGCUUGGACAGCCGACAGUGACAGCUGAGUUUGUGCAGAACGUGAGCGCAACGCCUAAUGCCGCUGGCGGCAUCGCCGCGCCACGAUCUGCAUUUAAUCCAACGAGCUCUACUACUCUGGGCUUCUUUAUACCGCAGGAUUCGUAUUUUGGAAAUAGUUUUAUACCCGUGCUGCCUCGCCUGGAACCAGUGCCGACCCCGCCAGCGCCCAACUCCAAGUAAUUUCA